AUGGCCGGAUCAGCCGCGGGUGAACCCGGCGAGAAGUUGCCGAAGCAAGGCACCAGAGUCGUCCCCAAAGGAAGACCAGUCCGUCAUGAUGGUGAAGAGAAUGCUCACACCUGGGGCUUCUCAGACACUCAGUACCAGAUCAGCAAAGAUGGACACUUGGAAAUUUCCGGCACUCGCUAUUCAACUAGUGGAUCGAAGUUUCCUGCACUGCUACCAUGGAUGGAAAAUAUCAUGCAGAUGAAGGUUCCACGAGAGCAGCUCCAGCCUCGACGCCCUGCAGAGACAGACUUGCCCUCGCCGAUUCGCAAUGAAGAAUUUCUUCUCGCCAUUGGGAAGCAUUUGGACCAGAGUCAAAUUUCCAAAGAUCCGUUAGUGCGACUACGGCAUUGCCAUGGCCACUCACUCGAAGACAUGUGCCAGGUGAACUACGGCGGUUCUAUCCACCGCAUCCCCGACCUCGUUCUGUACCCGGAGAACACGGAGCAGACCUUGGCUAUUGUUCAAUGCGCUAGAGACAAAGGUGUUUGCAUACUCCCUUUCGGAGGAGGAACAAAUGUUAGUCAAGCUCUAGCGUGCUCAGAAACGGAGCAACGUACCAUCGCAGCAGUCAGCACCAAACGAAUGAACCGCGUUCUGUGGGUUGAUAUAGAGAACAAUCUUGCUUGCAUAGAGGCUGGAGCUGUGGGUAGACAUAUUACUACCGAUUUGGCCGCAUGUGGAAUGACACUGGGCCAUGAACCAGACAGCGUCGAGUUCUCUACUCUUGGUGGAUGGAUAGCUACCAAAGCUAGCGGGAUGAAGAAGAACCGCUACGGGAACAUCGAGGAAAUUGUGUUAGAUAUCGAGGUCGCUACCCCUGAUGGCUUGUUUAAACAUGUCGGGACCGAUAUCUGGCCUCGGCAAUCUACCCGCAUGGAUAUCAGACAUCUUGUAUUUGGCUCUGAAGGCGCGAUGGGGAUAAUCACGUCGGCAGUAGUCAAGAUAUUCCCUCUUCCGGCGGUCAGAAAAUAUGGCUCUAUCUUGUUUCCUUCAUUUGAAGCAGGGUAUCGAUUCAUGAAUGACCUAUCGAGAACGGGCGAUAUGCUGCCAGCCAGUGUCCGUCUCGUUGACAACACCCAGUUCCAAUUCAGCAUAGCCCUCAAGCCUCCAACAACAGGCAUACGAGCUUUAAAGAGUCGCAUUGAAAAGGCGUACGUCACUCGCGUCCGAAAAUUCGACCCACAGCAGAUGGUCGCAUGCACAUUAUUGUUCGAAGGGAGCAGCAGGCAGGUAGGUACGCAGCAGGCUACUGUGUCUCGACUGUUACGGAAACAUGGGGGAAUGAAGGCAGGCUCUGCGAACGGGGAGCGUGGAUACGACAUGACAUUCGCUAUUGCUUACAUCCGCGACUUUGCCAUGACACUGGGCAUUCUUGCCGAGUCUUUUGAAACCUCGUGUGCUUGGAGUGACGCACCAGAGAUAUGUCGGCGUGUCAAAAAGCGGAUUUUCGAAGAGCAUUCUGCCGCCGGCCUCCCUGGAAAGCCGUUUGUCAGCUCUCGGAUUAGCCAAGUCUACCAUACGGGGGUCUGCAUUUACUUCUAUCUUGCAAUAUUUGUGGGUGAUGACAUCAAGGGUGGUACUGAGAAGUUUUCCUCUUUGGAGGAAGCUGUCCGAGACGAAAUCUUACUCAACGGAGGAUCGCUCUCACACCAUCAUGGUGUUGGCAUGCUACGCCGGAAGUAUCUGCCAAGGGUGCUAUCACCAACCGCACUUGGCCAACUGCAUCGGAUCAAGGUAGCUCAAGACCCUGGCGGCCUGUUCCCUGGUGGUCUUUCAGGCCUAGAACAUGUGUAG